UUGAUUUAAUUUUGAGAAUAGUGUUGUUUGGGAAAAGCUUGGGCUAAUUGUAGCCAGGCUUUUCAUAGGUCUUUAAAAUCGGUUCUGAUUUGAUCCACCUCCGAGAUCGAAACGGAAUAAAUUCUCUCAAAACUUGACCAGGAUCAAUCCUGGCCCAGUUCUUUGCCCAAUUUCAAAGAUUACCCCCGAAUUUACUCUUAUUUUGCGUUAAUACUAAUACAUGAGGUGUGCAAUUAGUUACCUUCAGCUGAUGCUUUCAGGGCUGCUUUACCUUGCAGAUGGCCUGUGGUCGAGCUGUGGGGAUGAGAGGAUCAUAAUGUUCACAACAAACCACAAGGAGAAGCUUGAUCCAGCAUUGCUUCAGCCUGGACGGAAUAUGGGAUACUGCAUUUUUAGUGGGUUUCGAGUGUUGGCCUCGAACUAUCAUUCCAUCAAUGGCCAUCCGCUGUUUGGAGGGAUAGAAGGGUUGAGUGGAGAGGUGAAAGUGACUCUGGCUGAGGUGAUAGGAGAUGAUGAGGGGGAUGAUUCUGAGGUUGCGUUAAAUGGGCUCAUUGGUUUCCUUAAAAGGAAGAAAAUUCAAGGAGGCCGAUGAAGUAUCUGAGAAAGGAGAAGACAAAAUAAAGGAUGCCCAAAGACUAACAUAUUGCACUUGUUCACAUUGCACUUGUAGGAGUGACAGAUUUCAGAAGAUGCUGACUGUAGGAUACUGUAGGAUGAAGUAUUCGUGAAUGUUAGCAAUUGAUGUUGGAUUGUUUAUGCCUGUCACUGCAGUAGGAGCAAUUUCUCAAUGUUGUGGUGAAAUCUUGAUGUUUUUGUACCUACUUCCGAAGUUUAGUAGGUAUCGACAGGUCUCAGGUAUUGAUGUAGUGAACAUUAUGUGUAAUUGUUGCAUUUUGGCCACAUUAGUCAUAAUGCCCAACAACUGAAAUACACAGGAAUGAUACAUUCACCUCCAUACACUGUGUUAAGGUACAAAAUACCACAGUGAUGUGUAGCUAGUUGUAAGCAUGAUAGCUGGGUUGUGAGAGAUUUCAGAUUGCAAUCCUACAAGUCGCACAAAAAAAAGAAAGAAAGAAAGAAAGAUUAGAAAUUUUCCUCUGUACAUUUGAGCACGCAUUCGAGUAUCAUCUGAUCUAUUACACCAGUGCUUCUAAAAUUGGAAAUAUUCAGAUGAUUCUGUACUCAGUUUAAAAAAAAAAAAUUUAUUUGAGAGAUAUCGCGAU